UUGCUUCAACAAAACCCAAAACCACUCCCUUGAGCCUUCAUUUUCUGGUUCUUCACCAACCCGGCCACCAUAGAUAUGCAAAUUAAACCCAUUCUCAACUUAAACACCACAUAAGCGGUUAAACCCCCUCUCAAUUUAAACAUUUAUGAUUCACCAAAUCAAAGCCUCUCAAGAGAGGAAGACCCAGCAGUGACCCACUUCACAGCUCACUCUCUUUUCCAAAUUCCCAUUUAGACUUUUGUCUCGCAAAACUCAAACCAAAGUAAAGGCACUACUCCCAUCUCAAGAAACCAUGAUGCCUUCUUCUUAUGGGGUCAUCCUCUCUCUCAUAUUGCUGCUCUUUUUGGCUACUGAGGUCACUAGCACUGAACCAAGCUUAACCCAUGCAAAUGGGUCUGACAUAGUGGAUGAACCACCAUUUGUGCCACUGAUAGAAGCUGAAAAGUUGAAGACUUUGGUGUUGAAUGAGACUAGAAGAAGGUUGGGGAGCUUUCAGAUUUGUGCACUGUGUACUUGCUGUGGAGGAGCUAGAGGUCUUUGCUUGCCUUCCCCUUGUUGCUAUGCAAUCAAUUGCAACAUUCCCAACAGGCCCUUUGGUUUCUGUUCUUUCACUCCCAAGACCUGUAAUUGCUUUGGAUGCCAUUACUAACUCUCUUUCUCUAUAUUUUUAUAAGUUCUAUAAUUUAUAUUGUUUAGUUUGGGGCAAUCUUUGUUUUGCUGUUGGAGUCUGGAUGGAAAAGAAUAUCUGUUCUCCAUUUCUUUGUUUAUAAGUUCUGAAAUUUUAGUGUUUUUAUUUCUCAAGGGGUGCUAUUUCCAGGUUAGCUUUUUUCCUAUUCUAGUGGGAUUUUUUUUUCAUGAUUCUUUUUUUGGUGGAAUAAGCAAUGCCUGGAGAUAGCACAUUGCCAAGCUUACCAUAAGUUCUGAGGUAUUUGGGGAAACAUUGUCAUUGUUAAUGGAGCUAUUGGGGAUGUUAUGAUAUUGUAUUGAUCUUUCAAAAGAAUAUAUUAAUGCAAGUGCUUAGUAGAGCUUCUGUGACA